AUGGCUGCUGCUGCAGGGAGCUCUCACCAACAUGAGCGAUCCUGCUCCCAUAUCCCGGCAUUCUCAGCACGACAUCCCAUGAUCCCCAAACUGUAUGUGAUGCCAUGGAAACAGGACAUGAAGAACCAGAGGCUCCUGAUGAAGAACGCAGCUCUGGCAGGGAUCCCUGUGGUUCCACUUGAGGAGUCUCUGUGUUUUUGUGGUCAGGAGCGUCUCUGCUGCAAUCAGGACUCCACCCACCACUCCACCUCUUCAUCCUCCUCUUCUUCUUCUACUCCGCUCAGCCAGACAGGACUGACAGCUCAUCACACCUCCCACUUCUCCAGGUACAACAGCUCUGUGGUGACGACAAGGCAGCUCUACCAAACCUGAAGACACAUCACAUAAAUACUAAUAAACCUAUCUGCCUGUGGUUCUCGUCACAGCUGUGCAUUUAAUAUAGUUUGGGCAGAUACUAAUACAGAUACCAAUAGUGAGAAAUUAGUCAUUUAGUUCAGUAAGGAAAAGGUGGAUUAGUCCCAUUUUAAUUCUUGUGCCUUCCUCAAAUUUUCUACCCUAUGGACACCUUUGUGGCAAUAAUGUACACACUCAAAAAACUGCUAUUAAAUCAUCAUACAUCAAUAUUUUUUCUGCUUUUUUUUUCAUAAAUCUCUUAAACAACUUCAAACUUGCUCAAAACUACCAAACAUUAAAUAAUAAUCAGGAAUGCUGGAAAUGAACUGAGCUAAACUUAACACACACACACACACACACACACACACACACACACACACAAACUCUUGCAUCAGCCUAUAGGAAAUGCUUUAAUCUGGUGGAGUACAGUAACAUUUCAAAUAUCACUAUUUUUCUUCAAAAUGAAAUGCAUGGUUUUAUACUGUAAUGCACUGUUAUUGCACUGUAUUAGCAAUGAAGGUGUCCAGAGGGAGUAUUGCUAAUCUUUGACAUAUCCAAGACUCUAAUCACCACCAAAGCCCCAUCCCCCUACUAUUUAUUAUAUGGAAAAUAAUAAAUUUUUUGUGGGGUUUUUUGUAAUAAAUAAUGAAUAAUUCAAAUAAAUUAAACAGGCAAUUAAAGGGUUAAAAUCCUGAAAAUAAUUUAAUGUCUAGGUACUUUUGAGCAAGUUUGAAGUUGUUUAAGAUAUUUAUGAAAAAAAGGAAAAAAUCAUGCCACAAGCUGUAACACAGCCAAAAUGAUCACCAAAUAAAUAAAAAAAAAGGUGAGAAAAAUGUACAAAAAUGCCCGAGGAGGGCAUAAGGGUUAUAUCAAAAGAAUAACCAGGAAUAAACGUUGUCCGGCUGGACACAACAUGUCUUUUACUACACUGUAAAGUCAAUUCUCAAUGGAUGUGCACUGGAGGCUUCAAGUUUCUACAUCCAACUGUAUAAGUUGUACACUGGACCAGGAUGGACUUCCAAACUAUUUGUGAUGUCUCAAUUGAUAGCCUUUCUGCACAGGGAAGAUCAGACAUCACACUGUAGGAACAAGAAGAAAAACUAAUUUUUUAGUGGAGUUGAGUGGAGAUGUUUUAUCAUCAACAGACUGAAGAUACACUGUGAGGCCGCAAAGAGAUAAAUGUACAGAUACACUUUCUUCAGAAUUUUGAGAGAGAGAAAAAAUAAUACAGGAAAGGAGUAUAAAACCUUGAAUAAUAAUAAUUUAAUGGCUGCUGAAAAUACUGGUUCCUGAUUUGCUGAAAAGUCUUUUCGAAUUAUUUAUGCAGGUUUCAGAGUCCCUGCAUGUCCCUUUUCUUCUUCCACAUCUGUGUUUACCUCACGCCUUCAUUCACCUGUAUUAACUCUCUGUUUUCUAUGUGAUGGGUUAUAAAAUAUGAUGCAGAGCAAGCUGGGUGACUUUCCCAUUUUUAUCCAUUUGCUUAUAUAGAGCCUAUUUUAAAACAACAAGGUAAAUGUCCAUUUGAUUACACUCAGUCUGUUCUUGCAGUUCUUAUGUUCACCACAGGGAGUCAGUGUUUGUAAAUGUAACUUACAGAUGUAGCUUCAGCACCACAGACAGAGUAUCCGGUCUGAAAUAUGUCACUUCAGAUUCAGUUUUAAUAUCCUCUAAAGUCAGGAUUAUUUUCACAAUCUGAUGGACAGCAUGGCCCCAAGAGCUGCCUCAGCGUUUAUUUAAUCUUAUUGGAACAACUUGCUGUUGCCAGGUAAAGUUUAUCAUUUUAAAAUCAGUUUUAAAAUGUUUGUUUCAUAUUAAGUGUAGGUCCCAAGUGUCCCAUAAGAAAAUAAUAAGGAAACAUUUUAGACAAUAGACAAAUGAUUAGGGUGACAAAACAGUGAAAGUUUGUGAUUACUAAAGAGACACGCUCAGGAUUCCAUUUAAUAAUUUAUAUAUAAUCAUUAUUAUUAUUAUUAUAACACUGUCAAAUUAAG